AUGGCGAACCUCGAGAAAACGGCGAGGGUAGGCAAUGACCCCGUUGUUGAGGAGCCAGAGCCGAUCAGUCCAACAACGUCCAUCGAAGAGGCCAAGCGUUCUUCCGGUAAGGCAGGCACUUAUUUCGUGAUUGCUCUUGCUGAUGGGUCUUUAGAUGAGUCCAGCGCACCUAGCCAAGAUGUUCUCUACGCGGCCGGAGUCGGUCUUCGACCGGAUGACCCGUCUUUGCCAUGCUUAACUCUUAGGAUGUGGGUGAUUGGCAUCGGUUUCUGCCUCUUGGGCAGCGGUGUCAACACCCUCUACACCUUCCGAUUCCCGUCUAUCAGUCUCUCACAAUCGGCCAUCCAGUUCUUAGCAUAUCCCGUCGGAAAGGCCUGGCAGUUUGUGGUACCUGACGUAGGGUUCAGCAUCAGGGGGCAUCGCUACAGUCUGAACCCCGGACCAUUCAAUUACAAGGAAAACAUCUUGAUUUAUAUCAUGGCAAACCUUAGUUUCCUUACUCGUCUUAGCGCCGAUGUCCUGACCGAACAACGAGUAUUCUACGGCUUAAAAGCAGGCUGGGGCUUCGAGCUCACCGUCACCCUCGCUACGAUUUUGUUUGGUUUUGCUCUCGCCGGUAUUUGUCGUUCCCUGGUGGUUGAGCCAGCCGGUCUAAUGUGGCCUGGUGUUCUUGGUAACACGGCUUUGAAUGCCGCGCUGCAUGCCAGCGGGAAAGAAGACGAGACUGAAACCAAGUGGACCGCCUCCAGAUACAGGUUUUUCAUUCUUGCGUUCGCCGCAUCUUUCUGUUGGUACUGGUUCCCCGACUUUAUUUUCCCUGCGCUGGGUUACUUCACCUGGGUUUGCUGGAUCGCUCCGCAGAACCCGGUGGUGAACCAAGUGUUCGGAAUGAAGAGCGGCAUCGGCCUGUUGCCUUUCACUUUUGACUGGAGUCAAAUUGCUUACAUAGGAUCUCCGUUGGUUGUGCCCACGUGGGCCAUCCUGAACGUCCUUGCGUCUCUGGUCUUCUGGAUCUACAUUAUAUCCCCGGCCCUGUAUUACUCAAACACAUGGGGCUCAGCCUACUACCCGAUUCAGAGCAACUCCAUCUUUGAUAAAAUGGGAAAGACGUACAACGUGUCCAAAGUCAUUGACAAAGCUGAUGGGUUCUCCUUCAACGAGACCAAAUACGCGGCUUAUUCUGAUAUUCACCUGCCAGUUACGUACGCCCUCAACACCUUUGGACUUUGCUUUGCGACAAUCGGCUCUCUUUUCGUCUGGCUGUAUCUUGAAAAGCGCCACAGCAUUGCAUCGGCAUUCCGGUCCUCGCAACUACCGGCCCUGUUCGGCCGAAAGGUUGAGCCUCGAGCCAAACUGCAGCCAGCAUACAAGGAUGUGCCAAUGUGGUGGUAUUGGAUCGCGGCGGCCAUCGCUCUAGGUUUGGGUAUGUUUGCCUGUGAAUUCUAUCCCGUUCAGCUGCACUGGUAUGGUGUGAUUCUUGCGUUUGUGGUAUCGUCGGUCUUUUUCAUCCCACUUGCCUGGGUGUAUGCCACCACAAACAUGAAGAUCCAGAUCGACAUCUUUUGCCGUAUUGUUGCGGGCUAUAUCUGGGAGGGUAAGGUUCUUGCCAACAUCUGGUUCUUUAACCUGGGGUACAUCUCCGGUAUCAAGGGUUUGGCUUUUGCCCAGGAUCUCAAGCUAGGAAUCUACUGCAAUAUUCCGCCGCGGCAACUAUUCCUCGUCCAAUCCGUCGGUCUUGUUAUCGGCAGUCUUGGUCAAGUUUCGGUUCUCAACUGGGCUCUCAAUCACAUCCCCGACAUCUGCACGAAUAAUGCCCCCAACGGUUUCACCUGUCCCUUUUCUCGCACCCACUUCAACACGAGCAUGGUAUGGGGCGCACUCGGCCCUCGUCGUUUCUUCGAAGAAGGAGCCACGUACCGUGAUCUCCUCUGGUUCUUCCUCGUGGGAGCUGUACUGCCGGUGAUUGUCUACUUCCUAAGGAAAAGAAUCUUCCCGAACGUGAAGUGGAUGAAGAAGAUCCACGUCCCGCUGUUCCUGGGUGCACUCAACUACAUCCCUCCGGCGUCCGGAACAAACUACGGCAGCUGGGCGAUCGUCGGACUUCUGUUCGGGUUGCUUAUCAAGAGAAGACAGAGAGAUUGGUGGAGAAGAUAUAACUUUGUGCUCAGUUCAGCCCUAGAUUGUUCUGUGGCCAUUGCUGGUAUCAUUAUCUUCUUUGCUCUGUUUUACACCGGAGCGGCCAAGAAUUUCGCGUGGUGGGGUACGGAUGUCCACAAGAAUACUUGUGACUGGAACAGCUGUACAUACUUACAACGAAGCAAGAAGUGA